UGUAUGUGUGUGAGCGAAAGAGUGUGUGUGGAAGCCUAUCCGCCAGGCAGUCGGCUCCUGCACUGAGGCACGGUGUGUUGCGCGGCUGAUCUCGCAUUGAAUGGACUAGAUUUUUCCCAGCCACGUAAGUACACACCACCGCCGGAAAGAAUGUCUUGCUGAAUCAAGGGAAAGGCCUGGGAAAGUCGGCCAUCCCUUAAUUCCAGCAGCUGAAACAGUCGACGACAGUUACUUCGGUUUUUAAAAUUAGUCGCAAAGGACAUCCACUUCCGAACACAACAAAGGGCUACGAAUUCUGGAUGGUUUUCUCUCCAUAUUUGGUCGAUGGCAAAUCCCGAAGCUCGCUGCAUUUGUGGAACGAACAAGGCCCAUCUGACACUGACCUGGUAGCUAUGAAGCAAUAGCAUUGCUUUUGCUAUCAAUAAUUAAUGUUGAUUUAAAUAUAGCCUACCGUAGCUUGCAACGUCGGUGCGAUUUUAACCGCGGUUACUUUGUAUGGUCUCAGUCUGCAAGCUAUUAGACGGAUACAUUGUUUCUAUUUUCUAAAACGUGUAAUGUAAUUAAAUUAAUCUGCGGGCUAGCUUUAUGCUAAAUCUUUAAUCUAGCAGUCCAGUCGUCAUUACAAAGCUGACAUUCGGUAGGUUUUGAGUGUUUCUUUUAUAGCAAAUCGGCAUUGCUGUCUCUAGCACUCUGGAAAAGCGUUUAUGCUCAAAUGCAGCACUAUCUCUUCUGCAAAGGGCUGCCGUGCGUUAUGGUGCAGUGAACAAUGAUUUUGUUUUAGUCCUACAGCUGGGUAGAUAAAGACCACAUAUUGCAAACAUUAUCUUAGAAUUGCAUCUUUCUUUGCAUGUAUUGCAUAUGAGCCCUCCAGCUGUACAGAUAAAGGUUGACAUAGCCUAGCCUACGUAUUACAGUGUAAUAGGUGCACUUGCAAGGAUAGCGCAAAACAUCAUCUAGAUAUAUUUUUUAAACGGCAGCUACAAAGUAUUGGGCCACAAAAACCAAUCUAUCGACUAAAGUUUACAACCCAAAGAAGUGCUGCUACACAUCCCUGCCUUCGAAUAGAAGAAGACCCCGAUAGUUUGGAAGUAUUUCGGAAUCCUGAUGAACAUACAGAGAUCAAAUCCCAUCAACAUCUCGCGUUAUGGGAGAUCACGGCACAAAGCGACCGAUUUUGAGGAGUUAUCUUGCCUGAGGACUACAGAAUCCAGCCAGAGUUUCAGCCCUAACCUAGGAUCCCCUAGCCCCCCUGAAACACCAGAUUCCUCCCACUGUAUCUCCUGCAUCGGGAACUACCUGCUCCUCGAGCCCUUGGAGGGGGACCACGUUUUCAGGGCCGCCCACCUGCACACCGGGGAAGAGCUCGUAUGUAAGGUGUUUGAGAUAGGCCGUUACCAGGAGUCCCUGGCGGCCUACUUCGCCCUGGGCAGACAUGAGCACAUCAACCAGGUGGUGGAGAUCCUGCUCGGGGAGCAGCGGGCCUAUGUCUUCUUCGAGAGGAGCCACGGAGACAUGCACUCCUUCGUCCGCACCUGCAAGAAGCUGCGCGAGGACGAGGCCGCCAGGCUCUUCCGUCAGAUAGCCUCGGCCGUGGCGCAUUGCCAUGAUAACGGCGUGGUCCUCCGGGACCUCAAGCUGAGGAAGUUUGUCUUUAGGAACGAGGACAGGAGCCUUGUGAAGCUGGAGAGCCUAGAAGACACUUACAUCCUGGAGGGCCAUGACGACUCUCUGUCAGACAAACAUGGCUGCCCUGCCUACGUCAGCCCCGAGAUCCUCAACGCCAGCGGCAGCUACUCGGGCAAGGCGGCCGACGUCUGGUCCCUGGGCGUCAUGCUCUACACCAUCCUGGUGGGCCGCUACCCCUUCCACGAUGUAGAACCCGGCUCCCUGUUCAGUAAGAUCCGCCGGGGCCACUUCAGCAUCCCAGAGACCCUGACGCCCAAGGCCAAGUGUCUGAUCCGGAGUAUCCUCCGCCGGGAGCCUGCAGAGCGCCUUACGUCCCGGGAGAUCCUGGAGCACCCCUGGUUCUUAUCCUCCGGGGCAGCAGGUGGUGCUGUGGUCCAGGGGAGAGGGGAGAGGGAGCAGGAGCAGACUGUGCCCGAGGUGAACAUGGAGGAGGAGCUGGAUCAGUUCUUCAGCUGAGCAGACAUGAAGCACAAAGGGAGGACUACGCCACAACGCGGAACAAAUGUGACACGCUCGGAAAGAGCCUAACGGUAGAUUAGUUGUUUAGCAGGUGAAACAUUGUCACUCACAGAAAAGGUGUUUCCAUCUUUUUUUCCUUUCCAUUCCAUGGAAAACCAACCUCGAGGCGGAGCCAAGUGGUGAAUGGCGUACAAACAUCACAGGGGCAGGACUUCUGUUAAGAGGAGUUUGCCGCCACUAGACAUGCAAGUCGCAAACAAUGUAGCAAACAUAAUUAUUUUUUUGGGGGGGGGUGCAUUUAAAAGUAGAUACAUACGACAUGUUGUGACGCUACAGAAAGCACGAAGGGACACAAGACCACAGCCAAGGAGAACAAGACACAUGUCAGUCAGUCAAACUGCUACUACACUCCUCUAUGAGUUUUCACAUGACCAGGUAUAAAUUGCCCGCUAACCACAGAUCUAGGAUCAGAUAACCCAACCCUCAAUCCUAAACUGAACCAUUAUUAGGAGGAUUAAAACAAUAUCUGACCCUGGACCAGUGAUUAGGGACAACUUCUACCUAAUCUGUUCUAACAAUCAUCAGGACAGAUGACCUCAUUUUUAUUUUCUCACUCAGUGUUUGUCUCUCAUUACCUAACAUGACCUUUGACCCUAGGUUAUAAAGCUCUUACUGACAUAGAAGACGGAUACUCACUCAAUUAUUGCACGUACCCGUCUUCAGAAACCUGUGUGCUUCAUCAUCUUUUUCUGUAUAGCCUUAUUCCUCCCCCA